AGAGAGGGCUUGCAGAGAGCAGCCCACUCUGCUUACUUCCACCAGAUGGGAGAGCAGCAGCAAGUCUGGGAGUUCAAAUCAGGAACAGGAAGGGUUAAGACGGGUCCAGGGCUCUGCAGAGUCCUGGUGGCUCAGCUCCAGGUUGGUAGCAGGGAAGCAGGGGAGGAGCUAGCUUCAGCAGGGGCUGGAAAGGAGGGAGGAGAGAGAACGGCACCUCAGGAGCCUGGUUUGGGACCACGGAGGACCCAUAGAGCAAGGAGGAGGGGCGUUUGGAGUCUUAAAAGGGGGGUCAGAGCCCACGAGACGCCAUUGUGGGCUUCUGCCCCAUGCAGAGCAGACAUGAUUUGAGACAUCUCACCACUGUAUAUAGCAUGCACAAUAAAACUAUGAAAAUCCAGAGGAUGUGUGGAGUGCUUACUCGGGAGUAGCCAACACCCCAUCUGUGACAGCAAGCCCACAAUCUCUUGAUGGCUACCCCGAGGGAAGAGGGCUGCAAAUGUAGCAGCCGGCAUGAAGUUGGCAGCAUCUAAAGCAGAAGAGAGAGAUGCCGAGGGAGGAUUGGCAUGAGUUGCCAGCACCCUGCAACUAUGGAACGGCUCAAGCACCAGCACGACAAAGAGAUGGAAGUGAGUCUGCAGCUGCCAAGAGGCCAGACCCAGGAGACAGUCGGGCUUCUCCGCAGGGGCAGCAGCAACGAUUUCCUAUCGGUGCACUUGGCUAAGCAGGAUCAGAUUCCCAUUUUCCCAAGGGAGCUGCCCAUGAGCGUCUUGACCGUAGGCGGCCGGGAAUUGCAGGAGGGUGAGGUCACGCAACAGACCCCCUCUCGGAAGAUGACAGUGAACAAGCACGCAGAAGUGCUAGCUUUGGACUUAAUGGACAAUGACCCUGUGGGCAGCCAGCGCCGGGGAGAUCUCACCUUUGGAGAUGCAGACGGCAAGGAGCACUGCAGGAAAGAAGGAGAAUCCUCAGGAUCGCACCACAUCAGCUCCCCAGGCGGAUGGAACGACGCAGAGGCGGGGAUGCAGGAAGAGAAACUGAGCCAACUCACCAAAGAGGACACUUUUACCCAGAACAUACGGAGGGACUUGAGGGAGAAAAAGGGGGCAGGGGAAGGGCUUGCCGAGAAAGAGGGGUUACUCUUUAGCAAUGAUGCCCGGUAUAUGCCCCAGGACUCCCUCAGAGGGAAGAUUCUCAAGCAAUAUCAUGACAACCCCACGGAGGGGCAUGCAGUACAUGUCUUCACGAGGCUCACACCCAGUAAGGCCAGUCUUGGGCGAAACCCCAGAGCCUUCCCAGAGCAGGGGGAGGGGGAGAUUGGGGGACCACCUAUUGAGGCAUGGGGUGAGAGGAGGGAGACAGUACACCAACAACUGGAUGGAGACGUGGCAAGGGGCAAUGAGGCUUACAAGGAGGGGGCAGACCAUCACAGGGGACUGGAGAAGGUCUUCCACGGAGGGGACAGGGUCUGGCUGUGGUCAGAAGGCCUUCCCAUGGGGGGAAGGGGGAAGAAGCUGGCACCCAGAAGGCUGGGGCCCUUCAAGGUUCUGACACAGAUCAACCCUGUCACCUUCAGGGGGGAAGCACCUACAGCGAGAAAGGUCCAUCCCGUGGGUCACAGGUCUUUGCUCUCACACUUUAGGGAAAGCCCAAGGUUCAGAGGACGUGACACACAUCCAACACAAGACGCUGACAGGAGGGAGGGGGAGGAAAUCACACAAAAGACACUAGAUAGAAGGGUGGAGGGAGAAGGCAGCCAAGAGGGUCCAGAAAGAAAGGAAGAGGAGGAGGUCUACAGUGCCACAGCGAGCCCGGGCUCCCGGUGGGGGGAGGGGGGGUUAAAAUGUCUGAUGGCCAGGCAGGGCACUCCUGCUUCCCAAAACGCGGAGGCAACCACGCACACCAUGCAAGGGGAGGACCGCACACUGGAACUGCACGCUCCUUUCUCCCACAGACCCAAACCACCACACGUCAGUAGCACAGGGAACACAGAGGGGGAGGGCGAUCCCAGGUGGGGAGCAGGGGAGACGCAGACCCAAGGAGCCCUCUGGGAAUCGGAAGCAAUUUUCCAGAGGGAGGAGGAGGAUGACAACGGAAGGAACUACACGGACCAGCCACCCAGCACCGACGGGGAACAGGAUUUUACACACACUACAGAGGAGGAAGACCUGUCAGGCUUCCAGCCCUCUUUACAGACAUCAGACCAGGCAAACCAGGCCUCAGAAAGGGGGGGGGAGCCUGGAGGGGGGGUGGAUGUAAGAGAGAGGGCUUGCAGAGAGCAGCCCACUCUGCUUACUUCCACCAGAUGGGAGAGCAGCAGCAAGUCUGGGAGUUCAAAUCAGGAACAGGAAGGGUUAAGACGGGUCCAGGGCUCUGCAGAGUCCUGGUGGCUCAGCUCCAGGUUGGUAGCAGGGAAGCAGGGGAGGAGCUAGCUUCAGCAGGGGCUGGAAAGGAGGGAGGAGAGAGAACGGCACCUCAGGAGCCUGGUUUGGGACCACGGAGGACCCAUAGAGCAAGGAGGAGGGGCGUUUGGAGUCUUAAAAGGGGGGUCAGAGCCCACGAGACGCCAUUGUGGGCUUCUGCCCCAUGCAGAGCAGACAUGAUUUGAGACAUCUCACCACUGUAUAUAGCAUGCACAAUAAAACUAUGAAAAUCCAGAGGAUGUGUGGAGUGCUUACUCGGGAGUAGCCAACACCCCAUCUGUGAC